AUGCGGCUGCUGCUGCUGGCCGUGCUGGUUUGGUUCUCGGUGGCCCGCGCGGGCUGCGAGCCCAAGAUCAUCAACAUCGGCGCCGUGCUGAGCACCAAGAAGCACGAGCAGGUCUUCCGCGACGCCAUCAGCCAGGCCAACAAGCGGCACGGCAUCUGGAAGAUCCAGCUGAACGCCACCUCCGUCACCCACAAGCCCAACGCCAUCCAGAUGGCUCUCUCCGUCUGCGAGGACCUCAUCUCCAGCCAGGUUUAUGCCAUCUUAGUGAGCCACCCACCAGCUCCAAAUGACCACUUGACCCCAACACCGGUGUCUUACACAGCUGGGUUCUAUCGGAUUCCUGUCCUUGGGCUGACCACUCGCAUGUCCAUAUAUUCAGAUAAGAGCAUCCACCUGUCCUUCCUACGAACGGUGCCCCCCUACUCCCACCAGUCCAACGUCUGGUUCGAGAUGAUGCGCUUUUACAAGUGGAACCAUAUCAUCCUCAUUGUCAGCGAUGACCACGAGGGGCGAGCGGCCCAAAAGAAGCUGGAGACCCUCUUGGAAGAGAAGGAAUCCAAGAGUAAAAAAAGGAACUAUGACAGCCUCGAACAACUAUCCUAUGACAGCAAGCGAGGACCCAAGGCUGAGAAGGUGCUUCAGUUUGAACCAGGAACAAAAAACGUGACUUCACUGCUGCUGGAAGCCAAGGAACUGGAAGCUCGGGUGAUUAUCCUCUCCGCAAGCGAGGACGAUGCCACCACCGUGUAUAUGGCAGCAGCCAAAGAAAACAUGACUGGUCCGGGUUACGUAUGGCUGGUGGGAGAAAGGGAGAUCUCGGGCAACGCCUUGCGCAAUGCGCCAGAAGGACUGAUUGGCCUGCAGCUCAUGAACGGGAAGAACGAAUCCGCUCACAUCAGAGACGCCGUAGCCGUGGUGGCCCAGGCUGUGCACGACUUGUUUGAGAAAGAGAACAUCACGGACCCUCCCCGGGGCUGUGUGGGGAACACAAACAUCUGGAAGACGGGGCCCCUCUUCAAAAGGGUGCUGAUGCAGACCAAAUAUGCAGAAGGCGUGACUGGCCGGGUGGAGUUUAACGAAGACGGGGACAGAAAAUACGCCAACUACAGCGUCAUGAAUCUCCAGAACAACAAACUGGUGCAAGUCGGAGUCUACAACGGGAGCCACUUUCUGCCCAAUGACCGGAAGAUCGUCUGGCCGGGAGGGGAGACAGAAACGCCGCAGGGCUACGAGAUGUCCACGAAACUCAAGAUAGUCACAAUCCACCAGGAGCCGUUUGUCUACGUGAAGCCCACCCUGGCCGACGGGAAGUGCAAGCCGUUGCUCAACAGCACGGGGGGACUGGUGCAGCAGGUGCUCUGUACGGGGCCCAAUGAGACCUUGCCAGGGCGGCCCAGCGUGAUGUUAUGCUGCUACGGCUUCUGCAUCGAUUUACUCAUCAAGCUGGCGAAGACGAUGAAUUUCACCUACGAAGUUCAUCUAGUGGGUGACGGUAAAUUUGGCACGCAAGAACGGGUGAAUAACAGCAACAAGAAGGAGUGGAACGGGAUGAUGGGGGAGCUGCUCAGUGGCCAGGCUGAUAUGAUCGUGGCACCGCUGACCAUUAACAACGAGCGGGCUCAGUACAUUGAGUUUUCCAAGCCUUUUAAGUACCAAGGACUGACCAUCCUCGUCAAGAAGGAAAUUCCCCGCAGCACCCUGGAUUCAUUCAUGCAACCGUUCCAGAGCACCCUAUGGCUCCUGGUGGGGCUGUCGGUGCACGUGGUGGCUGUGAUGUUAUACCUGCUGGACCGUUUCAGUCCCUUCGGCCGAUUCAAAGUGAACAGUGAAGAAGAGGAAGAGGACGCCCUGACGCUUUCGUCGGCCAUGUGGUUUUCCUGGGGGGUCCUUCUGAACUCUGGCAUCGGAGAAGGUGCCCCGAGAAGUUUCUCAGCUCGGAUCCUCGGCAUGGUCUGGGCUGGUUUCGCCAUGAUUAUCGUGGCCUCUUACACUGCCAACCUGGCUGCUUUCCUGGUGUUGGACAGGCCGGAGGAACGAAUCACGGGCAUCAACGAUCCUCGGUUGCGAAACCCUUCGGAUAAGUUCAUCUACGCCACCGUGAAGCAGAGCUCGGUAGACAUUUAUUUCCGGAGGCAGGUGGAGCUAAGCACUAUGUAUCGGCACAUGGAGAAACACAAUUACGAAAGUGCUGCCGAAGCCAUCCAAGCUGUUCGGGACAACAAGCUCCACGCUUUCAUCUGGGACUCGGCUGUGCUAGAGUUUGAAGCCUCGCAGAAGUGUGACCUGGUGACCACAGGAGAGCUCUUCUUCCGCUCCGGCUUCGGCAUCGGCAUGCGCAAAGACAGUCCAUGGAAGCAGAAUGUCUCCCUGGCCAUCCUGAACCUCCACGAGAACGGCUUCAUGGAAGAGCUUGACAAGACUUGGGUGAGAUAUCAGGAGUGUGAUUCCCGCAGCAAUGCUCCGGCAACACUCACCUUCGAAAACAUGGCAGGUGUAUUCAUGCUGGUGGCUGGAGGUAUUGUGGCCGGGAUAUUUUUAAUAUUCAUAGAAAUAGCAUACAAAAGGCAUAAAGACGCCCGGAGGAAACAGAUGCAACUGGCGUUCGCGGCAGUUAAUGUGUGGCGGAAAAACCUGCAGGAUAGAAAAAGUGGUAGAGCAGAACCAGACCCUAAAAAGAAAGCCACAUUUAGGUCCAUCACCUCUACCCUGGCCUCCAGCUUCAAGAGACGUAGGUCAUCCAAAGACACGCAGUACCAACCCACCGACAUCACUGGGCAACUCAAUCUCUCUGACCCCUCGGUCAGCACCGUGGUGUGAGAUCUCAGGACGGACCGAUGGAGACUCCGAGGGCCCUCCUGGAGACACCAAAGGGAAGCCUUUGACAUCCACCCACGGCGCCUGCAUUGCUUCCUUCCCUCCGGCCCCCGAUAGACCCCCUGCUCUCUCCAAGGGUGACCAACCUCCCUUGUGGCCUUGGGAUGAACUACUGGACUCCAGGAGGCCUGGGAGCACCUCCGUUUUUUUCCCCCCUAGAGGGUGGCCUCCAUGUACUUCUCCUCCUGGACACGCGGAGAAGGUAGUUCUGAGAGACACCCCCGGCCAGGAGAGGAUGGACGGCCCAUUCAGCGAAGCGGACCGGGUCUGUUGCCGAGGGGAAGAGACUCGCCGUCAUUCCAUGCAUGCACAAAACCGUUUAAGCCCACCUUACUUCACACAACUGUUCCCAGACUGCAUCAGGGGGCCGUGAAGAGGCCCCUAGCCCCACGGCUCAUGAUGCCCUUUGUUUAUAUAUAUAUAGCCUUCUGUAAAAAAAAAAAAAGGCCUGUCGGUCCACCACCUCCCACCCAGGAAGCCCCGUGGCCUUUUUUGGGGCUGUUACCGUGAAGGUUCCAGUGUUUCCUCAGGACACCUAAGGUUUUCUCUGAUGUGGGGGGGGAAUCUCCCCGUCUCUCUCUAUAUAUAUAUCUCUCUCUAUCUCUGUUUUGACUACUUCUUAGCUCAUUUGUGGAGCAGAGUUUUAGCCAACUGCUUCCAUGCCUCCCACCUGGUAAAGCGACAUUUCCGGUAGGACGGGAAGCCCCCAACUUCUCCGCGACUCUUUGCUGGCUGUCGAUCCAAAUCUCCAGCUCUGCUCUUCCUCUGCAGAAAUGCUUCCCAGCCUCUGCCCCGGACGGACGCCGGCGCUGACCCCCUCGGCUCUUCUCCAGGGCUGGGAUCAGGGGGAGCCUUGGGGUCGUCCCUCUCUUCUCUCGUGGUUUAUGGCUACGUGCAUUGAGAUUUGUAACAAACCUCCUCUGGCAAACAGGCACCUGCCAAGAUCUGCUCGCCUUUUAGACAGAGAGGGUCCCGAUUCUUUCCUCCCCUGGCCUCAGAACAACCCCCCACCCCACAACCAAUUGUCCUGCAGUCCAGCAUGUGCCACUGCCUUCUGGGAAGGAAGCCUGGCCUCCUGGCUCUCCAGCUGAGAGUGAUGCUGGUUCCAGAGCUUCCAUCUCUGACCCCGAUUGACCCUCACCAUGUUUUUCAUUCCCCCACUCAGGAGGACCAAAGUACCAGCCUUACCACGACUCCAGCAGCUCUCUGCCCGCUAACCCUGGCCUGUCUUCUAGGAGGGUUAUGAGUUUGACUCAGGCAACCCUAUACAAAUACCCUGAAACUGAAACCUCAAAUCCGUUUUUGCAACCGUGGGUGAAGAAUCUCAAUCCAGGUUAAGACAACCCCGCUUUGCCCAAAGACGACCUGCUCUGCCGAGAAGCAGAGGCACCCUUAUCUUGCUCCCCUCCAUGCCGCACGGUCAGAGCCCAGGGCAGGCCGUAGGCAGGAGUGGCAGCCACGGAGGCCCGGGCAGCUCUGAGCGAGCGAGGCCAGGCUGUCGCUCUGACGCUGCUUCUGGGAAUCAGCAAACCUGAUUCCGCACAGUUCAUGUUGCAAAUGCCCAAGAUGGUUAGCAAAGUAGCGCCAACUUAGGGUGCCACUCAAGAACUACCAAAUUUGAGGAGACACCUCAACCCACGGCCACCACUUGCUCCUUCUACUGGAUCAUAACCACCACCCCCUCCCCCCCCCCCGAUGUACCCUUCCACCUAGAUCCCAAUUUCCCAAGCUGGCCCGUGUACCACCCCCCCCACACACACACACGCAUUCUGUACACGCUUACUCAGAAGUAGGCCCCAUUGUAUUCCCUGGGACCUUCUCCUAGGUAAGCAGAGAUGGGACUGUAACUCUAACCGGGCGUUUGGAAAUGAAGCGUACGACCUUGGACAGGUGCCGCUGAAGAAGCCGGGUUCAACAAUUAAGAGUUAUCAAUACUUGUGUAUAGUUCUGCUAUGGGUUUUUUGUAACAGUGAAUUUAAAUCCAUUACUUUGA